AUGGAGACGCUGAGAGUGCUCUCAUCUACGCAGACGAUGAUUUCUCGGGCGACGUUCUUUCGGCCAUCAAAGAAAUGGGAGUCGUGGCCGUUCUCGGGAAGAAAGAGAGCAGCGAGAGAAUCGAACGAGAGGUUCUCAAAAUCGCUUCCGAACGGCGGAAUCCAGGUCCUUGGGUCAAACAGUGGCGAUUCCUCACCGCAGUCUUCUCCGACCUGUGACGGAGUGAGUCCCACACCUCCUCCUCUUCUCUCGCCUCGCACGGUGUCCCCACUCGCCAGCGAGCCCCCUGCACGAGCCUUCCCCCUCCCCCCAGCCCUGUCUCCGGUCCACGAAGGACUCACACAACAGCGCAAGGAGCCGCUUGUGCGAGAAGACUCUGUUUUUACCUCCGACAUCCCUGUCUCUCCUGCUUCCACCGUUGACUCUCAACAGACAACCGUUUUUGAGGAAUCGGUUGAAACACAAGAACUAAAGUCAAAACCGAGUACUACAAUGACCCAGGAAGAGAAAUCUGCCGCUGCUGGGACUAUUACCUCCGACGCAGCCUAUCCAUCAGCGGGGUAUGUGGCAUCGGAGAAACCGUUUGACAAUAACGCAGAUGAUGGAUUUACCGAGUUUCAGAGUGCUCCACUGGUAACACAUCAUCAGCGCGCAGAGUUGGUUCGUGCCGUCAGCGUGGACGACGGCUUACAGCAGGAGCAGAAGUCGUCCAACAAACGUGUUCCGCUCGGUCAAAUUGCUGUGAGCCUGUCCUUCGACGAGAGCAAGCGAAUGUCAAUGAUCUCUGUGGCCAGUGCCGACUACUACUCCAUGGACGAGGCGGGCGAAGAAGACGAAGAGGAAGACAAUAGCUCAAACUACUCUGCAGAGUUCCCAGAACUAGUGUGCACCGUGGAUUACAGCGCUCCGGUGGACCCAAACCCCACCGAAGAAGAGCAGCACAUCUUCUCCACUCCCCCCAGUUCUCCUCCGCUGUCCAUCGAAGAGCUAAAACGAGAGAAAGAGAGACGAGUGAGGGGUAGUAGCUCGUCUGAUCGUAGUACCAGCACCAGCCCUCGUCCCAAGUCCGCCAGUCCCCUGGGCCACCCGAGAAGGUCUGCGAUAGAAAACCUGUUCAGAAGGAGCUGCAGCCCGCGACCGAAAUCGGCCGGUACUACAAGCUCGUGCACUACGUCGUCGCGGGGUAGCGCGUAUGAGGAGGUGGGAGAGGGUACGCUUGUACGUCAUGGUCACUCUAGUGGCACUCCACAGGCUGGGAGCGCGUCUGACCCAAACACUUCUGAGAAUAAUCGAGAUGAAGACAAAACAACCAAAGUGGACACAAAGGACACACCAAAUAAUGAUUCUGAAGCCGUGGUAGCUGCAGAUAAUGCAAGUGUGGCCAGAGAGACGGAUUCAGCAGAAACACCCAAACCAACCCCGACAGUUGAGGCUACGGAGGAAGGAGGAGAAGAAGAAGAAGAAGAGCAGUUUGAUGAGUCCAACGAGAUGUUUGAAGAUGCCUCAGAGGACACCACGAGUCUGGAGGAAUCCUGCGAGAUGGCGGCCUCCUCAAGAAGCACUGUCUCUGUGGAGGACACGGAGAAGAAGAAGAAAGAGCCGCUGCGCAAGUCGCAGUCUGCCAACACGAGUCCAGAUAGUACUCUCAUCCACAAGAACACAUCGUCUUCCUCGCUCACCCGCAGUGCAACUGAUCUGGGGCUAAAGUCAAAGAUAAAAGUCCUCCCUGGAUUCCACACUCGCUCUCGAUCCACGACACUCAGUUUGGGAAGGGGGCCGCGUCGAAGCCUGGAGGAGGCCCCAAACCGCUCCAAAGACGAAGACUACUUCAUAAAGUUGAUACGAAAAACUGACCCAGAGGCUACCGCCGCUAAAGUGACUGCGUUUUCCGAUCAAGACUUUGCCGAUAUUCUGAGGAGCAGUCUGCGCGGGGGCAAGGUACCAAUAGUGCGGGUCGAGAGUGCAGAUGACAGGGACGACGCUAGUGCUAAGACGGCAAAUGAUGGUGGGAGGGAGGGAGAAGUGAAGGGAGAAGGAGGGAGUCAGAUUUAUCUGCAGGCGCCCCGUGACGACGAUGGAUCCCCUGAAACUGCCCCAGUGGUUCCUGAACCAGUGGAGGUCAUUAAAAUCCCUGAGGAUGUUCCUCCUAACAUGUAUCUGUACCAGGGUGUAUGUACAGAUGACCUGGCCGCCAUUCUGUGCGCCAAAGUCCACGGAGGUGACAUCAACUUUGUCAAUGUUGAUGAUGAGGGGAAAACCCCCAUGCUGAUUGCCAUAGAAAAGGUAUAUACAAUACAUAAUUAUGUCGUAAACUCUUACAAAUUGGACUCGUUUUUCAAGGGCAAAAGCGCAUCAUAUAGGCAC